AUGGGUGAGAAUAUACCAUUGACGAGUACGACUUCCGAGACCGAAGGUGCGUACUCCCCCCCCUCUCUCUUCGAACACGCUCCGCCCGCCGAGCACGCGGAAAAACACCAGCACGCGGAGCAAUGGGCGCAAGACGGCGAUAUCAAGAUCACAGUAUCCGAGCACCUCCUGUCGCACGCCGUCGAUUCCCCUCCGCUGAAGUCCAAACCGCAGGAAAAGAAGGCUGAAGCUCGAAAAUCUGCGGCGAAAAUUCCUCAUCAGAGCUUCGACGAUUCGACGGCUGGCGGCUGGAACGAUUUUGACAAAUCUUCCGCCAUUUUCAAUUUCAACGAGCGCCCCGUGCGCGACGCGGAAUGGAUGUUCGUCUUCGCCGUGCCGCUCGUCGUCCUUUUCGUUGCGGCCCUCCACGCUUUCGUCUACUCGCUUUACGAAUCCUCAGGCCCCCUCCUGAUUUCUCCCUCCCUCUACCCGGUUGCCUUGAUUCUCCUCUUCGCGUUCAGCCUUCCCCUCCCCAUGUUGAUCGUCUCUUCUCUCCGCAAAAUCCCCGCUCGCGUCUUGAGCGCGCUCUUAAUUUUCGCCGCCGUGAUCUGUGCCCUGCAAAGCGCCACCUCCGCCGUGCAUUACUACACGACGCCCGCGCUCGUGCCGCCAAAUGCGGCGGACGUAGCCCCGGUGGUAUACGCGCCAGUCCGCGAUGGCUCGUCGAGUGACUUUUCCGUGAACACGGACGUUGCGGAAAGCGCGGAGGGGGAGAGCGAGAAGACUACAGACGAAAUGAUAGAAGCGGCUAUUGAAGCCUCAGAAGGGGGAACGGAAGGGAGAACGGAAGGGGGUACGGAAGGGGGUUCGGAAGGGGGAACGGAGGGGGCGAUGGGGGAUUACGUAGAUGUGCAGGAGGACCCAUCUGAAGCGGCGCACGUCGCCCACUGGGCGCGCGCCGCCCACUCCGCCGCCCACCAGCAUCUCCAAAGCCACGCGUCAGACGCGAGGAAGAGAGCGCGUGGGCGGUCCUUGCAAGGCGAGAAUCGGCGAGACGUGGCGCUGUAUUACGCAGAUCUCAUAACCCGUCCUCUCUACUUCAUCGCAUUCGUCGUCUUGGGGCUGCUCAGCGUCGUCGCCAUGCUCCUCGUGCUACGCUGCAACCACCACCUCCCUCUCGCUGCCUCUGCCGUUGCGCACGCUGCUCAUACGGCCAUCGUCCAGGCCCAAGUCAUCUUCUUCAUGCCACUCCCCAUCAUGCUUGCAGCUUUGUUCCUGGGCCUCCCUUUGAUGUAUAGCCUUGAGGGUGAUACUAGUGACAUCCUCUUCGUCCUCCUGCUACCCACCUCUCUCUUCGUUGUCCAAGUGCUCUCAGCUCUCCUCACCUACUCCACAGCAGCUGUUUUCGCCCGGCUGUACGUCACGACCAGCGGCGGCAGCAGCAGAAGUAGCAGCGAGGGCAGGAAGGCGGGUGAAGGUGAAGAGGGCGUAACACUGAGAGGCCAGCUAGAGCUCUUCUCCUCAGCCUUCUCCCUGGCUUGCACCUCAUCCCUGGGCACCUGCUGUGCCGUUGCCAUCACCUCCUGUGCCGCCACCGCUGCCAAACUCCUCCUCUCCUCCCUCUUCCUCGCUCUCUUCGGCGAGAGCAUCCUGGGCUGCCUGCUGGUGGCUCUGCUUCACUGCACACAGAUUGUCAUCCGGUUCUUCCUCAGCUGCCUCGUCCUCCCCACCGCUGCCAUGAGCGGCCAUGGCUUCACCCGCUCUCUGCGCCUCUCUCUCGACAUCCUGCAGCGCUUCCUCGCGCCCAUUGUCACGGCCAAUGCUGCUGGACUGGCCCUGCUUACCAUGCUGGUGGUUCCCAUUGUCAUCAUUUACAACAUCGUCGGGCUAAUUGGGAAGCUUGAGCCAGAGGAGGGCUCUGAUGGUGCUGGCUUGGUUGGUGAUGAAUCUGGUAUAUCCUUUGCAGAUGUCAAGGAUACUUGUCCGGUGUAG